CCCCGUGUUCGGCCCGUCAACAAAACCCCCGCACGUUGAAUAGCAAGCAAGACUUACUACUUCGGUGUGGUUUUUGUGAAUUAUUGUGACGGAACGACGGACCAGUUUCGGGCGCUCCGGAAAAACUCAGGUCGAGUUUAGACACGAGUCGACGAGCAGCUCUUCGGCGGUAAAAAAGUUGACACUCGCCGCACGAAAAUGGGUGGCAAGUACUCGUCCCUCAAUCCCAUGGACGUCGAGGUGCCCAACAUCAAAGACCUGCUCGACAGGGACCACUAUUUGCGGCCGUACGAAAAGGAGAUCAGAAGAAGAUUUGCAGUGUUUAAGGACUACAUGGAAAAAGUGUCCGAAAGCGAAGGUGGAAUACCUGAUUUCACUCAGGGCUACAAAUACUUCGGCAUGCAUUUCAACCCUGACAACUCCGUCACCUGUCGCGAGUGGGCGCCUGGUGCUGCCAACCUUUACCUGGCAGGCGAUUUCAACGGCUGGAACCGGACGAGCCACCAGUUCAACAAACUGCCCUUCGGCAAGUUCGAAAUCACCCUUCCGGCCAACCCUGACGGCAGCAGUCCCCUCCAGCACCUGUCUGAAGUCAAGAUAAUAGUGCAAAAGCCAGAUGGGCAGUUGCUCGACCGGCUGUCUCCGUGGGCUGUUUAUGUCACGCAACCCCCGAAGCACGAAUCACUAACGUACAAACAACGGGUCUGGAACCCUUCUGCAGACCAGCGGUACAAAUUCAAGCACCCAAAACCACGGCGACCGGCCAGCAUGAGAAUUUACGAGUGCCACGUCGGAAUCGCCACUCAGGAACACAAAGUCGGCACCUACAGGGAAUUCGCUCAAAACAUAAUUCCCAGAAUCAAAAAGCAAGGCUACAACACAAUCCAGCUAAUGGCAAUCAUGGAGCACGCCUAUUAUGCCAGUUUUGGUUACCAAGUAACCAGCUUUUACGCAGCUUCAAGCCGCUUUGGGACACCGGACGAGCUCAGAGAGCUGAUCGACGUUGCCCACGAACACGGGAUUUACGUUUUGUUGGACGUGGUCCAUUCUCACGCGUCCAAAAACACAAUGGACGGCCUGAACAACUUUGACGGCACCAACAGCUGCUUUUUCCACGACGGUCCCAGAGGUGAACACACACUCUGGGACAGCAGACUGUUCAACUACUCCGAGUACGAAGUGCUAAGAUUUCUGCUGUCCAACUUGCGCUGGUACAUCGACGAGUAUGGGUUCGACGGUUUCCGUUUUGACGGGGUGACCUCGAUGUUGUACCACAGCCACGGCAUGGGCGAAGGCUUCAGUGGCAACUACGACGAGUACUUCGGCAUGAACACGGACACCGAGGCGGUCGUCUACCUCAUGCUGGCCAACCACAUGCUGCACGAUCUCUACCCUGAAAUCACCACAAUUGCAGAAGACGUUUCCGGAAUGCCCGCUAUGUGCAGACCGGUGGCCGAGGGUGGCAUCGGCUUCGACUACAGACUCGGCAUGGCCAUCCCUGACAAUUGGAUCAAACUUUUGAAGGAGGUCAGCGACGAUCACUGGAACAUGGGCAACUUAGUGCACACCCUGACCAACCGCAGGUGGAUGGAAAAGACCGUGGCCUAUGCUGAAUCUCACGAUCAGGCCUUAGUUGGUGACAAGACAAUCGCCUUCUGGCUGAUGGACAAAGAAAUGUACACUCACAUGUCAAUUGUUUCGGAGGGCAGCCCCAUCAUCGACCGAGGAUUGUCCUUGCACAAAAUGAUCAGACUGAUCACCCACGCCCUGGGAGGCGAAGCUUAUCUUAAUUUCAUGGGCAACGAGUUUGGACACCCCGAGUGGCUCGACUUUCCGCGCCAGGGCAACAACGACUCUUACCACUAUGCCCGUCGCCAGUGGAACUUGGUUGACGACGACUUGCUCAAGUACAAAUUCCUCAACAAUUUUGACGAGGACAUGAACAAAACCGAAGAGCACUUUGGGUGGCUCCGAAAAGAUCCGGGUUACGUGAGUUGGAAGCACGAAGAUGACAAGGUGAUUGCUUUUGAGAGGGCGGAGCUGCUUUUUGUCUUCAACUUCCACCCAAUAAAAAGUUUCACCAACUAUCGUCUGGGUGUGGACCUGCCUGGCAACUACAGGGUGGUCCUUUGCACGGACGACGAGCGCUACGGAGGUCACAAGCGGAUCGACACCAGUGUGACUCACGCCACCUUCAACGAGGGUCACGCCAACCGUAGAUAUUCCCUUCAGGCCUAUCUUCCUUGUCGUACAGGAAUAGUAUUCGCAAGACAUUAAGAUCAGGAUUUCACCGAUCAGUGCCGCUCACCAUUUCUUCCCGUCAUAGUGAUGCCCACUUUAAGGCAGGCAAAUAGAAUACCUUUUUAGACUUAGGUGUUGGAGCUUAAUUCCCUACUUAGCCAAGCCCCUCAGGCUUGAGAAUAUAAAGAGAUGUGCCAUCAAGCGCGUGUAGCUUUGUAAAGAAGUGCCAUAUAUUAUUUUUUUAUAAAUAAUCAAAAAAAGUGUAAAUUGUUUUUGCAACAUGCAAAUUUUAUGAAACGUUAUUUUUAAGGAGUUUAGAAAGUGUUUUCACACUUACGCAGAUUCUCUAUGUGGAUGUUUUGUAUGGACGAUUGAAAUUUGGAAGUGCUUGUCCUCGGCACCGAAGCUGCGGAUUCGCUCAAUUAUUAUAAUUACAAUAAAGGUUUCAAGUGAAUUCCGAUGUUUUA